UUCGCGACUUUGAUGUUUUCCAACUAUUUUUCUUCGUUGGCAAACUUCACAAACUCUUAUUUUAUCAGAGAUAUCUCUCAGUCCUUUGGAGUCCAAGAUGAGCACCCUGAAGUGGAUCCUCAUGGAAUUCUUUUAUAAUUGUAUUUUUUAAUCCUGUGGGUAUAAGUAUUUUCCAAUCAUUUUGUAUUUUUCCACACAUUAAUCCAUUUAUUAUUUGAAAAUUUUCCUCCUUAUUUUUAGUCAAAUUGGUAAUGUCAGUAUCCUCCUUUUGUGCCUCAAUCAAUUUUUCAAUAGAAAUUUUAUCUUUUAGUUCUAUAGCUUUAAUUUGAAUAUCCUCUUUUGGUGGGUAGCGUGAGAGGUGGUCCCCAACUUUAUUAAAUUUCCCAGGUCUAUAAAUAAUAUUAACAUCAAAAGCCUGUAAAACAAUUUGAUAACGCGCCAGUCUUCCUUGGAGGUCUUUCCUCCGAAAAAGUGAGGUCAGCGCCGAAUUAUCGGUAAUGACUGUAGAGGUUCCAGCUCCUUCCAAAUAUACUCGAAAUUGUUUUAAAGCCGAAACCAGAGCCAAUGCUUCCAAUUCUAC